AUGGCGACCGACCCGCCUUUAAUACAAGUUGCACAUCUCCCCUCUGCUGCCUCUUUCUACGGUUCUCUUACCCAACCUCUCGGUCUACAAUUCCUCUCCGCAACCCCAGUUUCCCCAGCUUGUCUCCAUUUUGGCUACAUCCAACAAGGUCCUUCCGGUCCACGAAAAGUCACAGUCUUCACAGUCUCACAGGCAGCACAUCCUCGCCUGUCACACAUCACACUAUCCGCCCCAAGUCCAAAAGCUGUAUACGACUUCUACGGCAAGAGCCUGUUACUCAAGCAGGAUCGAGGGAGGGGAGAAAACACAUUUGAUCAAGAAGAGGACGAGGACCGAGCUCUCACGCGGGACUUCGAUGGCAAUAUGAUCGAAGCAGUUUAUAGCACACGAGCAUCACGGGGUGCAGGACCUCGCGGUACACCAGCUAUUGAACCCGCCGGUCUCGACAAAGACAGUAGACGGGUCCUAGAAUGGCAGCAAGACGUCGCCCGGAGCAUCUCUGGCUCCCAAGCACCAGGCUCACAAGCCGGAUCCCAGGUUGGACAGAGAGAAGAGCAAGCCGGACCGGGUACUUUCCGCCGAGCAGAUACCUUCCCCUCAGACUUCGGCCGCGACAGACCCAUGCGUCUCGUCCGAAGAGAAACAGUAACCACAGAACACUACAGCCAAGCCGAGCGCGAACGCCAGGAAGCCGCUUCAGGAGGCAUCAGUGGCAAAGCAGUCCUGGGCACACUUCUCGGGGCAGCAGCCGGCGCAGCAUUCGCGUACGUGAUUACUCGCUCCGAAGACCCCCCAUCAACAACCUCUGUUCGACGAUCCUCUGCACCGCAGUACACCCACGAGCCCAUCCGCAUGGAGGACCGCGAGCGGGUCGUCGAGACGAGAACUAUACCAGCACGCAGCUACGUGUCUGACCGCGCGCGAGAAAGAGACGUCCAGCCGCGAUACGUCCAGUAUACUGUCGCUGCGCCGCCGGCCAGGAUUGCUGCUAAGCCUGAGCUCGCGAUGAUAGAAGAGCGCAGUCAUGUGAGCACGCGGUCACGACACAGCAGCGGCAAAGAGAAAGAAGGCAGCGAAGUCAGUAAACGAUAUGAACGCCCUCUUACCAUCCUCCCCGCUCCAAGCCGCAACAGAAGUCCAGCCAGCCACGUCAGUCGCCGGAGUAAGAAAUCCGGGUCGGGAUCAGCUACGGGCUCGAGUGUGGAGAGGGAGAAGAGGAGGAAGAAGAGUCCGAGGGAUAGAGAAGGCGAGAGCGAGUAUAUGUCUGCUAGGAGUCACCACUCUACUAGCACUAUCAAGCCUGCUGUUCCUCAGCCACCAAGUUCGCGCGUCGGUUCGUCGUCAACGGUUCGUAUCGUGCCGCAGCCGCCUGAUGCGCGGGCUGCUGAAUCAGAUCGCAAGAGUAAGAGUUAUGUCUCUGAGCGGGAUCGCGAUGGUGGACGAGACCGAGACCGAGAUAGGGAGAGAAGAAGCUCAGUCUCAGCUCGCCAGGUUCCGCUCCCGACUUCUACUGUUGUGAGUGCACGCCAGAUACCUUUGCCGCGGAGUGUGGUCUCUGGUGUUGGUGGGGGUGGUGCUGGGUAUGCGGCGAGUGUGGCGCCGAGUGAUAGCGUGAGUUCGGUGGGGAGUAAGAGGGAGAGGGAGAGGUUGAGGGAGAGGAUGCAUGUUAGGGGGCCGGCGGGGGGAGUCAUGUGGGGGCAUGGGUGAGUUGAUGAGUGGACUCAUCGAAUAUCGACAGAUAGGAUGGUAUACAGGACAGUCAUGUUAUUUUGUGCUUUUUACUUGUUCCUUUGGAGGAAUGGGGCUUGGGAUGGGAUGGGAUGGUGCAUUUGGAAUGGAUAUAGGGUCUUGCUUUCAUGCUUUAGUGCUUUCUGUGGUUGGAUGCGUGCUGGAUGGAUGGAUGGAUUGCUAGAGUCUGGUGUUCUUGACAUAGCUUGCUCAAUUCCACACCAUCAUAUUCUUUCAGCCUUGGAGUUCCUAGUAAUUUAAGUUCAGUUCUUACCGCUAUUUGAACCUACUUCUGCUUCUACGACUUUUCACAAUUCCUUUUUGACGGUGUUCCUUUAAUUGCUUUCACACGUUUACAUCUCCGUUUAUAAUCAAGUUCAUAUUUGUUAGUUAGUUGUUUGCUCUACUGUAGUCGUAUUGCAUAUCUAUACCAACGUCCGCUCAUCCCCAUUUCAAACUUGUCUCUCACUAUAGACUCGCCAUGCUUCGAGAUGGUACAAGAGUCUGUUGUCAUCUUCCUCAGCACCAUUAACUUCUCAGCCAGCUAGUUCUCAAGACUGUAAAACUUUGCACUCACAUUCCCUCGUAACUCUAAUCUUUAUCUAUGUCUCUAUGACCAGAAGAGAUUAGUGAUGUUUGAUAGAUUGUUGCCUGCUCACCAGCUAGCUAGUCCCUUCCAAACGUUGAGCUUGCUGGCUGUUUGCACUAGCUGCCCCGUCUCAGCUUGAAGGGUCGAGACUUUUUAUACUUUAGAUCUUUGGUUUCCCCGCUCUCAUGAUAAACUUUCCUCAAGUUCCUCAAGUUAUCAAGAGAGGAGAGAGCUAGGAGACGAGGAAGAUAUGAGCACAGACUGUAAGCUCUGCAUUUGAACCUUAAUAUUGACGGGCUGGGUCUAAGACAAGACGAUCUACGUCUGAGGCUGGUCGCAGGAUGGCUCGCGCGAGAUUUAUUUGGGCAGCUUUUGUUUUUGGUUUUGGUGGACUGCGGAUGGAAUGUGGACGGAGGGGGAAGAUAGUUUGACGCUUGAUAAUGAGGGAGGAGGCGUAAAACAUCUAUCUUGGGGAAGAUUUGUGCACAUAUGCAGUCUUACAUAAAUUGUGUGUUCACGAUCUAUUGACUGUGUAACUGUGUACAGCACCUCUUUUGUAUUAUUUAUUUGGAAAUUACAAAUAUGAUAUCAAUCCAGGUCAGAAGUGAGAAGAGAAAACAUCCG